AUGCCGAUCGAGUCUCACCACCCUCCAAUUUCGAUUCCGCUAGUCGAUUUUUGGACUUUCUUAUUUGAAAGACCAGAUCGGAAAUAUCCAGACGACCACGUACUUUUUGUAGAUGUCAUAACACAGAAGAGGCAUACCUUCCGAGACAUUCGUAAGGCAUCGGUCGAAAUCGGUCGAGGUCUUCGAAACCAAUGGAGAUAG